UGCAGGGAGGUGGAAUGUCCACCGGACCCGCACAAGCACUUUGAGAGCAACUACGUGAAGACCAACAAAUACACAAUCGUCACGUUCCUUCCCUUGAACUUGUUCUUGCAAUUUCAUCGGCUGGCAAACUGCUACUUUCUUGUCAUCGCCAUCUUAGCGUCUACUCCUCUAUCCCCCGUGACGGGAACAACGUACUGGUUUCCUUUGAUAUCUGUGUUGGCGAUUUCUGCAAUCAAAGAUGCAAGUGAGGAUUAUAGAAGAUACAAAUCCGACAUUGAAGAGAACAGCCGAGUGACCGAAGUGUUCAACUGGGAUAGAGGUGACUUCGAGCAGGUGCCAUGGAAGCAGGUGGCUGUAGGAAGUAUCGUUCGGGUGAAAACUGGCGACGACGAUUGUCCUCCCAUGGUGCCUGCAGACUUGUCGCUGUUGUGCACCUCGUCGGUGGACGGGACUUGUUUCCUUGAAACAGCAAACUUGGACGGGGAGACGAACUUGAAGAUCAGAGAAGCUCCCGAGGCACUUCACAAGCACCUUGUUGGAGAGCCUCACCAGGUCGAUGGGCACUCUGUGGAUUGUAAUCUUGCGAAGCUGAAAACCUUGAAAGUCAAAGUCAACUGUCACAUUCCGGAUGCUUUGCUGUACGACUUCAACGCAAGGAUCGAGUGGGAGGGUCAAGACAUCCCGCUGACGGGAGGAGCGUCCGGUGGUCAGUUCAUGCAACGAAGCACGAAGCUGAAGAACACAAAGUGGUGCAUCGGCCUCGCCGUUUACACUGGGAAGGAAACGAAGAUCCAAAUGAACAUGACUGACCCUCCGAACAAAGUGAGCAACAUCGAGAGAAAGCUGAAUGUUUACAUCAUCGGGAUCCUUGCGAUCCUUGGUAUCCUGUGUCUUGUCGGGGCCAUAGGAGCAGGUACGAUGAACAAUUCAUCAGAACUGAAGGGAGCCUGGUACCUCAGCCCCCAGAACACUUCUAUCUCGUUCAAUGUGCAGAAGCCUGGAACGACCGGGUUCCUGUCUUUCUUCAGUUUCUUGAUUCUUCUCAGCUUGUUGGUUCCCAUCUCCCUUUACGUGUCUGUGGAGAUGGUGAAGUUGGUCAUAUCCAUCCUGAUCAGCAGCGACCGGGAGAUGUAUGCGGAGGAAGACGACAUUCCUUCCAAGGCUCGCAGUCUUGGACUCUGCGAGGAGCUAGGGCAAAUCAACUACAUCUUCUCGGACAAGACAGGAACUUUGACCCAAAACCUGAUGGAGUUCAAGAAGUGCAGCAUCGCCGGUGUCGAGUAUGGUCAAGGUUACUGUGAGGUCGAACGAGCCAUCGCUCGAAGACAAGGCAGAGACCUGCCCGACGAUCCUCUGCCUCCACCUGGAGAGAAGGAGUGGUCCCGUUGUAAGGAUGACUGUUUCCUGGCUCUGUCAGGCAAGUGGCGGGAGAGCCAGGACAGGAAGAUCAUCGAAGACUUUCUGUUCAACAUGGCGGUCAACCACAAUGCUCAAGUAGAGUACAACGAGGGGUCCGACAUACCAGCAUACCAGGCCGAGUCGCCUGAUGAAGGAGCUUUCGUGCAGGCUGCCAGGAAUCUUGGUAAGUUUUUCUUCUGCCGGCGCAACAUGAAAGACAUUCACAUCAAGACGUCCGACGGGCCUGUGGGGCAGGGGGUCGAGAAGAAAUGGACCGUCUUGAACUUCAAUGCGUUUGACAACAACAGGAAGAGGACGAGCGUCGUGAUAUCAGACGAGACCAAGUCCAACAUCCUCCUCCUCAUCAAAGGCGCUGACACGAGUGUCAUGCCCUUCAUCGACGUCAACGCGUGCCCCUACUACAAGUCAACUCAGCAGCAGGUCGACAAGUUCGGCGAGCAGGGCCUGCGCACUCUGGUGUUUGCGGGAAGGGUUCUUGAACCUGAAUACUACUCCGCCUGGAACGACAGGUUCAAGAAAGCCUCCUUGCUCAGCGAUGGGCGAGAGAAGGCGCUGAGACAGGUCACUCUUGUCCUCUAUACAUCCGCCUCACUUGUCUCAACUCCACGCUCGUUAACCCUGCACGGAGUCACUGCACUGGAGGACAAGCUGCAGGAGAAUGUCGGGGAGUGCAUCUCGCAGCUAGCUAAGGCGAUGAUCAAGAUCUGGGUCCUCACCGGGGAUAAGCUGGAGACAGCUAUCAACAUCGGGUUUGCGACUGCUCUCCUGACGCAAGAGAUGGAGCCGCUCAACAGGAUCAGUCAAGACGACAUGCUCUCUGACGACCCUGGGUGGAGCAAGGAUGCCAUCGAGAGCAAACUCAAGGACGCGCUGCUCAAGGAGCGAGUCAAGCGGAAGAUCAUCGAGCUCAGUAAGCUCACCCAGACCCCCAAGCCCGGGGGGUGGGCCCUGGUCAUCGACGGGACUUGCUUGAGGGCAGCAGCAACUCCGGAGCUCAAGAUUCUCUUCCUGGAAGCAAGCGUCCGAUGCAAGGCUGUCGUGUGCUGCCGCGUGACGCCGUCGCAGAAGGCUCAGAUGACGCUGCUGGUCAAGGACAACAUCCCCGGUCAGAUUACGCUGGCGAUCGGAGACGGAGCCAACGACGUGAGCAUGAUUCAGGCCGCGCAUAUUGGGAUAGGGAUCAGAGGCAAGGAGGGGCAGCAGGCGGUGCUUGCGUCAGACUACGCGCUGCCUCGCUUCGCGUACCUUGAGCGGCUGCUGCUGAUUCAUGGGAGGUGGAGCUACAACAGGAUCGGUACCAUGGUCUGCUACUUCUUCUACAAGAACAUCUCCUAUGCCUUUACCCUCUUCUGGUUCUCUCUGAACAACGCGUUUUCAGCUCAGCCGCUCUACGACGAUGGUUACCAGGCUCUCUACAACCUCGUCUUCACGUCUCUCCCCGUCAUGUUCUUUGCCGUACUGGACCGCGACCUCCACCCGUCUGUCGUCCGGGCGCAUCCCGAGCUGUACAGUGCCGGUCACUUCAACGUCAGGUUCUCCCUCGCCCGCUUCAGCAUGUUCAUCGUCGGCGCCAUCGUGCACGCCACCGUCCUCUACUUUGUGACUCUGGAGAUGCUGGACCUGAACACGUACGGCAGCUCGGGGAGGAACCAAGAUCUCUGGGGGGCAGGCACGACGGUGCUGACCAACGUGAUCUGGACAGUAACGAUCGUGAUGGGGCUUCACACUCGCUCAUGGACCUGGAUGCACUGGUUUGUGUACGUGGGCUCGAUCUUGGUCUGGUACCUCUUCCUCGUGUCCUACAACGGCUUCCCCCCCGAAUCUCUCGGGAGCUGGGACACGCAGGACAACGUGUACGACGUGAUCUACGAGCUGGGAAAGGGCUUCCUGUUCUGGCUCAGCUCCAUCGUCACGGUAUCCAUGUGCACCCUCCCCAUCCUCUUCUACAAGUACUGCAAAGAGCAGUACUUCCCCAACAUCGACGACUACUACAGGAGAGUGGUCAAGAACCCUUCCCUGUACCCAGCUGAGCACCUGCCCUCGACCUCCAACCUUGACAUCAAGAUCUGCCAGCCCCACGAGAGGAACUUCGGGAGCAGGGAGUACUCGCCCGAGGCGGCUCGGGAGGCGACGAGGGUGGAGGAAGUCGAGGACGAGCCGGCAGGAGUGCAGAUGGAAGCGAGGAGGGGGCCUCCGCAGACGCCAUCGGGAGGAGGGAGGCCGAACAAGAUUAAGAAGGACUCGCAGGGCAUCCUCGAGGUUCAGAGCUCUUCUCCUUAA